AUGAACCACUACCACCAACCACCUACUACCAUCAUCUUCUUUUUUCCCUUAAAUCAUAUUAUCACGGCGAAACAAAAUGAUGCUACGGGGCGGGAAGGAGGAGAAGGGGGGAAGAUGGGCGGCGAUGAUGCUGAUGAUGGUGAUGAUGGUGAUGGUGGCAUGCAUCCCUACCCGAUCCCCUUCACAUCACUCUACACCUCGAUCGGCAGCACCACCGGUCGGUCAUAUUGCAGCGCUACUAUCUUUACCGACCGGUAA